CGCAUUUCAUUCUCGGCUCGCACGUCGUCGCAAACGGUUCACCAGCUAAGUGGCUCUAUUUGGCGGUUCGGUUCGGUUCGGUUUGGUGUGGUUUGGUUUGAUUCGAUUUCGGUUUUCAGUCUCAUUCCAAAAGCUAUCAGUGGCCGAGUGCAUUUCCUAACAUUGGCAUUGGCCAGACCAGACCCCUGCUCUGUGCGUGCAUCUGCUUUGUUUUACUUCAUUUAUUUUGGAUCGGAUCGGUUCGGAUCGCAAGCGUUGAUGAAAUUUCGUCUUCUUAUUGUUAUUAGUGCUGCUGCAUUUUGUCUGUCGUCUCUGAGCCCACGGCAAUUUUCGUUGGCGGGGUGACGAAAGUGCAAAGAGUCGCCCAAGCUUCCAUUAAUUAGAGAGUGUGUAUUACGAUUACUGAUUGGAUUGAUUGGAGCUCGGAGCCCACCAUGUUGCUACAGAUCGUGUCUUUAGCGGCAAUUUUAACGGCUGCGCAAUGCUUUCAAUUGAACAUGACGCAGUUCUAUGAGAUGCCGCAGCUGUACGACUUGGACGACUACGACCGCUGCAUGCAGGAACUGGAUGGGGAGACCUCCACCUACUGCUUUGUCCGGGCCCAAGUCCAACCGGAUGAGUCGGUGGCCGCCUGGCGAGCCAUCGCCGAGAUCUCGCGCUACGAUCGCCAUCACUUCGACCACCGCCAGCUGUACUUUGGCCUCUGCCUGAGGGAAUGCGAGGCCUCCCUGGCCGGACUGGACGACGCCGAGCUGGAAUCGCUGCAGCCGGGUCUGCUCACGGAAAAUGAGAAGGUGAAUGUGUACCUGGGGCUGUUCUCUAUGGAGUCGCAGAACCGAGAGCAACAUCAGCGGCUGACGAGUGCCUGCCUCAACUGGCGGCUGAAGCGGCGAGGAUUCAGUCUGCGGGCCAAGAGCGUGGUGGAGUACUGCGAUGAGGCUGGACGAGUGGUCCAGGAUGAUGCCUGGAACUUGACAUUCUAUGGGCUACUGUGCGGUCUGAUGGUUCUGGCCAGCUUGGGCAGUCUCGUGGAUCUCUUGCUGAAGCGGCGGCGUCACGACAAGAUGCUCAAGGAGCGGGAUCACUACAAGACCCCACCCAAGAGCCUCGCCCAGCAGCUGCUGCUCACCUUCUCGGUGGCUCGGAACUGGUAUCGGCUCAACCAGGAGCCCAACGGCAAGAUCGGACGCGAGCUGCGCUUCCUCGACUGCUUCAAGUUCUUUUCCAUGUUCAUGGUUAUCUUUGCGCACACCAACUGGGUGAUCUACGAGAGCGCCAUCAGCAAUCCCCAGGAUCCCGAGCGUCUUUUACACACGGCCGCGGGCACACUCCUCGUCUCCGGCUCUCUCAUCACGGUAACGUUCUUUGUGAUCAGUGGCCUCCUUCUCACCAUCAACUGGCUGGCGGUGGCGCGUACGGUGCAGUCCAAGGCAGAGUCCUGGACCUUUCUGCAGUACGCCGUGCUCUUUGUCAAGUUCAACGUGUUCCGCUACAUUCGACUGACAGUGCCCUAUGCCUUUGUUCUGCUCUUGAGCGGCGUGUACUUUGACACUGCCGGAGGUCCGCUCUGGCGGCACAUCUACGAGCGGGAGCAACUGGCCUGCCGUCGUAACUGGUGGACCAAUCUCCUGUACAUCAACAACUUUGUGCAGACGGACGAGCGCGUAAGUGGAUCCAUACCGAGCUGCUAAGGAGCUGCUUCAUUUGAUG